AUGGAAGCUGAGCUCAUCGGUGCAAACGGGGCUAAUAUAGCCUCUGAUAUCCGUUACAAAACGACAUCAAGUCCUGGUUCGGACUCCCCUCCCUGCCCAUGUCUGAACCGGGUGCAUCCCUCAUCCACUGACAACCAGUGUCCAGCUCCAGCUGACUGCGAUGCCAGCUCUCCUGACCAGCUUGCACCUCAAAAGAGAAAAGUCUCCUUGAUGGAGUCCAUGUGUGGCGACAGAAGCAUAGUGAUGAUGGAGCAGCUCCUCUUUUCUUUGCUGUCGGAGCAUUGCACUUCUUCUUCAGCCCCAGGGCCUCGAACGAGCCCCCUCCUUGGAGGGCUUCCAGGGAACGCGCUGCUGAUUCGAGGGCAUGCCGCAUCUUUGCAGCUCGCUCAACUGAAAGCCCAGCUUGCAUUGGCUCAGAUGAACAGUGCUCUUGCUAUUGGUGGCCAAGCUGCAACCUUAACGGCUAACUCCAACACCCCUAUUCCGCCCAUAGCCACCACAGCACCUUCACCGACUGCUGUGGCCAUCAACCUCCUGAACCUUCUGAAGAUUGCCAACACCAUGUCCCAUCCCCUGUACAACCCCUAUGUCCCCGGGAAGCAGAGUUCUGCGCAAGGUCAAUAUGGACUCUCUGGUGGGCCUGCAGAGAGGGACCCCCGACUGACAAUGCCUCACCUUGGACCUGGAUCUAGCUUUACCUCUUCUGGAGCUUCGUCUGUGACUCAUGGGAACACCGGGGGAAAAGUGACUUCACUUCUAGCUCGGCCAACAAGCUACAGACCUGAAAGUAGAGCCAAAGUGGAUGAUGAAUUGGAGAGGUCUGUAGACUUGCAUAUCAGCAGAGCAAGGGAGGAAGUUAGACAUCAGCCUGUAGGCCAGGGCCCUCGCUUCACCAACUCUCAAAGAGAAGAGUUCCCUUCCUCCAGCACAGCAGUGACUUCCUAUAUGACAUCCUCAGCUUCUCAAGGAAACAGACACUCUGCUGUUGCCGGUAGCGGUAGCUCUUUGGACUGGUUGCCAAUCUACAAAAAGUCCUCUGAGGAUCAAUCUUCAAAUAUAUUUUCUUCUUCAUCUGGCUACUUGAGCGGUGCUGACGGAAGAUUUAAUACCGCCGGUGAAGGACAACACAACAUGCCGUCCAUUCCAGGUUUAGGUGACUUUGAUGAAUCCCAACCUGAAAAACCCACACCCCCUACUGAGUCUGUGCGGCCCAAGUAUACAUCAGAAUCGGCGUCGAACAUCCUCUUGCACUUUGGACUUGAAAAAGAGGACUUGGAACAUCUCAUUUCAUACCCAGAAGACCAGAUAACCCCUGAUAACCUGCCUUUUAUCUUGAGGCAAAUCCGCAUUCAGAAGGCAAAUAGAACUGCAACUACGUCUCAGCCGGUACCCUAUUCCAAACCUCAACCCACCUCAAGUCAGGACAGAUUGAACACCACCUUCAGUGGAAUGAACCCAGAUGAGAUGUCGUCAGCUAUUCUUAAACCAAGUAAAGUGAUUGACUAUGGCCAUACAGGAAAAUAUACUGCGGGGGUAGGAAAGGAGAUUGGAAGGACUAUUCCUGCUAGUGGUAACAGUGGUGGGAGCAGCAAUACACUGCUGAUGAACACUUUCAGUGCCAGCAGCCACAACAAGCCACCACAAAGAACUACAACAGAGAUCAAAAGCAGUACCGUAGCGUCUUCACUGAAGCAGAUGAAUUCUGUCACCAGUUUUAGCACAAUAAGAACCUCUGUGGCCCCUCCAAGCAGCGGUCCUGCAAAUCGACUUCAUACUCAGAUGAAUCAAGCUUCACAGUCGUCAGUCUUUACAACGUUCUCUCUGCCCAAGAAGGACACAGAUGCCAGAUGUCUCAUUCCCAAAGUCCCAAAAUCUGUUCCCUUAAAAGCCCCAGAGCCAGCCACCUCAAAAGCCCAGCCCGUCUGCCCUCUGUACCGCGGCGUUCACCCGGGCCGCCCUGGCCUCGUUCUCAUCGGCAGCAACGACGGCGGUUCCUGCAACGCUCAGAGCAAAACCCACGGACAAGUGCCCGCCGUUUCUGAGACGAUGAAAAGGCAGCAGACACAACAGCAGCGGCAGCAGCAGCAACCGAAGCAGCCCAUGCAAGCCCGACAAGCUUUGAAGCCUCAAGUUCUACCCCCCCAAACGCUGGUUCCUGCGCCAUCGGCCAUCCCUGGGAUCGCUGGCGUUCCUCAAGUGUCGCACCAUCCAGCCUCUAUCCAGAAGGCGCAUGCAACGUCUUCUAACAAGAAUAAUCCAGGAAAUGUGAGGGUUUCCACCUGUAUGCCAACAGCGGCCAUGUUGCAGGACUAUGCUGCGGCCACACCAAAAGUAUUUCCUCAUACCUGUUUGCUUUGUAACAGAGAGUGCACCAAUAUGAAGGAUUGGAUCUCCCACCAGAAUUCAAACCUUCACCUUGACAGCUGCAGACUUCUCCGUACACGCUGCCAAGCUCCCGCCCGCCGCCUCUGCCCCGGGCUCACAGAACCGCCACCUGAAGAGCAGACACGACAGCCCCCCCCCCCUCACACAGCCCACGCCGCCAGCGCGGGCCCGAGGAUUGGAGGGAAAGGCAUAGAAGCCGCUCGCGCAGUCCACGCUACAGCUACGGCUACGGCUCAGAGGGGCGAAGAGAGAAGCGCGGUAGCCGCUCUCGCUCGAACAGCCCGCGCCACUACUAUGGCUCAGAGGGCAGAAGAGAGAGGCGCAGCAGAUCGCACUCUCCGCCCGGCUCAAGGCGCACUCGCAGGUCUGUCCUGGACUCGUUCCCCAUCCCCACGGUAUGACCGCCCACCCCCUUACCUUCCUAGAUCCCGCUCAAAGAGCCACGAGAAAAGGCCCUUUUCCUGGAAGCGAGAUGAGAAACGGGCCUCACCAACGAGGAGCCGCGAGCGGCGCUCGCCGCCGGCGAGAAACCACGAGAGGCGAACGUCCGCGGAGAGCUCGCUGCGUCAGCAAAAGCGCUCGGGCAGCACGGAGAGACUGGCCAAGAGGCUGCUGGAAACCUCAGCCGUCCAGAAUCUGUCCAAACAGUCCAACCUCGAGGCCGUGGUUAAAACCCUGGCUCCCGCCUUACUGGCCGAGCUGGCUAAGAUGAAAACGGCAUCUUCAUCGUCGUCCACGGCCUCAGCUGCUCCAUCUUCAUCAGCUUCCAGUGCGGCAAAAAAGACAGCCGCUAAGACCCUUAAAGCCAAGCCCAGCCUUCAGAAGAGCGGGACCAGUGCGGCAGCACAGUCUAAGGUAGGCCUGGGGUCAUUAGCCAGCAAAAUCUCCUGUUUUAGCACUGAUAAACUGGGUAAACCCUCCCCUCCAACCAUGGUGAGGCUUAAGGGAAUUUGGAGUGCUCUCUCUCACAAGGACGUGUCCACCGCCAUGGAGAAUUUUGGAAAAACCAAAUCAGUGGUGCUGUUCCGGUCCAAGCUGGAGGCAGUGGUGUGUUUUGAGAAAGUGGAAGACGCCGACAAACUGAGGAAUAAAAAAACCUUUGAGGUGAAGGGAAUGCCCAUCCACGUCGUCAGAGAAAAGGAUGUCGUCUCUAAGAAGCCUCCACCAGCUCCCAUAAAGGAGCAAAAGAAGCCUCCACAGCAGUCAACAAUUCUGGUCUUUUACAGAAAGUCUUUAAAGCCCAGCGUCUCCACGGCUCAAGUCACCAAAUCCACUCCCACCGGAAAAGCCAAUGCUUCUUCUUUAACUGGCGCACCCAAGAAAACCACGACAGGAAAGCUUGUGCCAAAAGCCAAGGUCCUGGUUUCCAAAUCAAAGAUGGCCCCAACAAAACAGACAGCAAAAGCUGGGAAAGCUAACAGUGCGGCGGCUCAAGGUGGAGCGAAACCGGUUAAAAAGGUAAAAAAAGAUGCUUCAGAGCUUCCAGGAGCCAAGACGUCACAGACCCCACAGAAGAAGCUUGAAAGUGGUGACUCUAAACAAACGGAGCAGGGCAUGAAAAAAGGGCCCGGUGUGGCGCCUAAAGCUAAAGGCAAAGACAACGUCAAACCAUCAAAUCCGAGCGUUUCUACACCGGGUAAAGGCGAGGAGACGGCCGUGGUCACAGAAGACCUCACGCCCAAAGCAGAAAGCACACCCGAGCAUAAGGCUGAAUCACAGAGUCUCACGGGAGCCAAAGUAGUGAAGGAAGAAAUGGAAGAAAGUGAGGCAAAGGACUCCACGGUCACAGCCCAUCAGCCAGCAGAGAAACCCGAAGAAAAAGCUGAAGAACCUUCAUCUGGAGUCAUGGGCACAGUUGCUGAGAAAGAAAGCGGAACUCCCUCCGAGAUGACGCAAGAGGUGGAGUUAGCUGAUGCUGAAGUGAAAGAAAUUAAAGAAGACGAAGAAGCAGAACCAAAAGAGGCGGAAAUGGAAGAACCCAUGGAAACUGAGAGUUCUGCUGAGGCCAGAGAGCAAAAUCUGACAAAUGCAAGUAAAGCCAUCGAGGCUCAGGCAGAAGCCGGGGCAGUUUUUCAGCCUAAGCCUCAUGCUGACUCGCCUCAAAUACAGGAAACAAGUUCUCCUGAGAGCAAAGAACAGGAGGCGAUGGGUGCAAAGCCGUUACCCACUGAAGCCUGUGAUAGUCACACUCCAACCCAAAUGGUUAAACCUGCACCAACAGAGCCCCCUGCCGAUCAGGCCCAAUCAGCAGACGCCCCUCUCGCAAGUCAGCAACCCCCCCUUCAACCUUCCUCACAUGCUCAGCAAAGCAGAAUUCCACCUUCAGAUUCCGCGCCAGCAGAGUUGGAGACCCAGACCAAAGCUUCAGAGCCUCAGCCGGCUGCAGAGAGCUCAGCGGAAGCUGCUGCAAAGCCACAGGAGGGACAGGAGGCGGCUCAAACCAAGCAGAAAGUUCCUGUGACUGCUCUGAAGACCCAGAAGGAUUUGUCAAAAGCUGCCAGUGAAAUUUCAACUGCGCCCCCACCCGAAGUGGCCAAAACCGAGCCGACUGUGACCCUCGCUGCUGCCGCUACCCCCCCAACAGCCAGCCAGAAGCCAGAAAAGCAGCCUGAUAAAAGCAGUUGCGUCCCAAUGGAAACCAGCCUGCCAUCCACGCCUACUCCUUUGGAACCCGCUGAUAAUGAGCAACAUGCUCUGCAAAAGACUCCUGCUGCUUCGGCUGUACCAGCGACAUCUGCGGGGUCGGUCCUGUCUGAACCAGAGAAGGCCAACAAACCAGGAACCGAAACCGCUGCGCGCCCAACCGACACUCCGAAUACAAACCAGGAUGAAGAAAAAGUCGAGGAAGAGGGGUCAGCAGCAGCAGCGGCCCUCCCUGUGUCAAGCUCUGAGCGUCCGUCCAAAAUUCCUGGAAGGUCGGUGGAGACCCUAGUGGAAUUUCCUCAAAUCGACGAGGACAUUUUCAGGGCAAUCACGACAGCCUUACGCGAGCACAGACUCACUCAGGGGAUCACGGCGAAAAGCAAAGUCAAUGAGGGCACCAGUGAAAACAUCAAAAACUCAGUAAGUCCAGAGCAUGAGGACACACCACAGGAAAAGGCUCUGGACACGGACACAGCCGAUUUCUCUUUAGACCAUUUUGAUGAGGAAAGCUUCAACUUUGAAGACUUCGUCACUGUUGAUGAAAUCACUGAGGAAACGGAGGACACGGCUGACGAUGGCUCGCCUUCACAUAUCCUGACCUCCAGUGAGACUAAGGUGAGGCACGCUUCUGACGGGACACCCCCUGCUCAAAAGAGCUCCAGGAGCGUGUCCUCGUCAAAGCCUCCAUCAAGCAGGUCCUCCUCUGCUUCCGGCUCCGUGUCCCUAAAAAAGCGAAGCGACUCCUCUGAAUCCACCAAAUCCCAAACCAAACCCUCUGCACACGUUAGGAAGUCCUCUUUCUCCUCCGCUUCACAGUCCGUUGAAGCUUCCAUCUCCUCGGUCAAGAAAGCUCAGCCAGCGAAGACCAGGUCCUCCGCCGGUCGACGCGCUCGCUCCUCCGCAGCGGCCGUGAGGGCGUCCGCAGGGACGGGCCUGAAAGUGGACGCUGGAGCUGCACAGGGUGCAGCAACAGAGUCUGACCAGCAGGGGUCAGCGGACAGCCAUGCUGCGAAAACUGCAGAGUCAGAGGCAAAAAUAGACUCCUCAUCAGAGAUGGAUCCACCUGCACAGGCACAGCCGUUCCAUCGCCAAAGCCUAAGCCCGACGACAGAUUUAAGGGAUGAAACGCUCAAAGAGGGGAAGACAGGCAAUGUCAAAGGAAGCAAAGAGGGGGAGGAUGGCAAACAGGCUGAGGAGGAGGCAGAUGAUGGUGACAAUUACCAAAUCCUCGAUGCACUUGAUGAUCAAGUUCAUGGACAGAUGGACCACAGAGAGACCCAAGACAGCAGCUCUGACCCCCAGACACCUGGACCUGACACGCCGCACCAGAAAGACCAUCAUAUCUUGGAUAGCACUGAGGACAAAGACAAAGCCUGCUCAGAGCAGUGCAUUGAAAUGAGGGGGGAUGCUUCUAGCCAAGUGCAAAAAAGCCAUAAAGACGGAGAGGCCACAGGUGAUGAAGGCAGUGAUCUGCUCACAAGUGAAGACUCUAUGUUAACACAGAUGUCUGAGGGAGGCACGGCCCCCAACAAACCAUCACUUAGAGGAGAAGCAGUGAUUUCCGAGGAAUCCUGUAAAACCACCACAGAAGUGGAAGAAAUCUCUGACAAAAAGCAGCCCCCUGAAGACCGAGACAACGGAGAUUUACAUAGCCAGCCAGCCUCAGAGACAGUGGAUUCAGCUGGUGGUCAGACUAUGGCAGGCAGCGACAGUCAGAAUUCUGAAACUCUCUGCGAUCAGAACUCUGACUGCCCAGAAGAGGAAGAUGCAUACCAGGUCCUAGAUUCUGUGGAGGAUCAGCCAAAAAACACAGAGACAGAGUCAGAGGCUGACGGCAAUGUAGACAAAACAAAGACAGACAGCGCGUUGGCUCAGAGAGACGAGGGAGCAGACAGGAGAAGUGGUCUGAGGACCAGAGCAUCAAGAAGUGAGGAGAAGGAGAAAUCCCAAAAGAAACAGGACUGGUCAGCUGGGAAAUCUAAGACUGGAAUGAAGGACUGCACAACAGGAAAAGAGGAACCGAUGGAGGAGAUGGUCUUUGAGGUGGUGGACUCUGUGGAAGAAGAAGCUGUUCAAGAGGAAAGGUCCGGUAGAAGAAGAACUGCCCGAGGAAACAAAGAGGAUAAAACCCCAGCAAAGCAUGAGGCCCCCGAAGUACCCGAAAGAGAAGAAGAAGCUGUGUUCAGAAUCUUAGACUCUGUGGAGGACGAGCCCGACGCCCAAAAACCCACAGUCACAACGAGAUCUACCAGAGCAAGAAGGGAGAAAACUAAGAAAGAUGCAGAGAAUGAGAAAUCGAAUAAAGAUAAGACCCCGGUAGGAAGGAGGAGCAAGUCUGCAAGAGAUUCAGAACAAAACGAUGAGAAAACCACAGCCGUAGAAGACACAACUCCUCCUGUAGGAGCCGCUCAAACAGAGAAAAGUGACUGUGCUGUCAGAGCCGCGUCUGAGGAGGAGGCAGCUUACCAGAUAUUAGACGCCGUGGAGGAGGACCGCCCCGCCACGGCGGAAAACCCGAGGCGGGUAAGGCCGAAGAAAGAGUCGAAAGCCACCAAGAAACAAACGGCUGCUGCGAAGAAGGAGGCCGCCUCCCGGAAAAGGGCCGAAGAAGAGGGAGCGGUAUACCACAUACUGGACUCUGUGGAGGAGGAGCCCGUGGACAGCAGAGCUCCAAAAGGCCAGAGUGAGAAGAGCCAGCCACCCGUCCCCGAAGAGGACCACGAAACCGAGAGACCAGGCUCGGCCGUAAAUGAGGAGGAGGAAGAGGAGCCCGUGUACCACAUCGUAGAUUCUCUGGACGACGAUCAGCUGCUGGAGGAGUUGAGCACAGACAAGGACGAAAGUGGAGAAGCAGGACUGAGGGUCGUCACGAAAGACGAGGAUGCUGCAGAGGCAGGAGACUCCCCGGCUAGGAAAGAGUCCCAGAGGGAAGACUGGGAGGAUAAGAGUCUGCCUCAGUUCGCCGUCUCCUGCGCUGGAGAGGAAUCUGGAGCAGCAAAAACGGAGCCAAAGAAAGAGGAAAGUCCAGCUGCGAAGUGGCUGAGCGAUGCGGCGGCACCAGAGCAGAAGCCAGAGGCAGCCUGGAGAAGCCAGGACACAGCGACGCACAGCGCCCUGGUCAACCUGGACCAAGUGAGCGAGGAGGAGGACGACUACCCCGACGACACGGCCGAGGAGGAAGAGCUGAGGAGAAAACAGACGGCCGCCAAAGAGAGGAGGAAGGAGGAAAGGAGGGCCAGGGAGAGGGUGGACGCAAAGAGAGAGCAGCGGACCCAGAGCAGUGGAGCAAGGGCCAGGAAACCCCAGCAGAGAGAGCCGGAGACCGGGGAGGAGGACUCCCAGGAGCUGGUGACGCUGGACGAGGUGGGAGCAGACGAAGCCACGGGGGAAGAGGCAGCUGAGGGUCCGGGAUGGGAGAUUUCCGAGGCAGAGCUGCAGGAGCUGGUCACUCUGGAUGAGAUCGUCGAGGACGCCGAGGAGGGAACGCCGGAGCAGGGAACGCCGGAGCAGGGAACGCCGGAGCAGGGAACGCCGGAGCAGGGAACGCCGGAGCAGGGAACGCCGGAGCGGCUCCCGGCCGGAGCGGAGAGCCUAGCGGCGGACCUCCCCAAAGCGAAGAGUUCAGCAGCUGAGGACAAAAACGUGGGCGGGGAGGGAGCAGAGCGAAGCCCAACUCCUGCCAAACGCAGACACGACGACACAGAAAAGAGCCUUGUGACGGUGGACGAAGUGGGAAAGACCGAAGAGGAAAGGGACGGAGCGGUCGGGACGAAAGGCAGGCCGAAGAAGAGAAGCAGACAGACUCCCGUGAGAAAAUCCACCAGGGGGAGAGAAGGAAACCAAUCUGUGCCACUGAAUUCCCUUCAUCCUCCCUCCACUCUGGAGAAAGAGCCACCUGCUCGGUCAAACACUGACCAGAGGAAAGAGGAGGAAGCGGCGAACCCCUCUGCAGAGCAUCCUGUUCGCCAGACACAGGAGGGAUGUGAGGGCGGGCUCGGCAAGAAGGGCUGUAAAACAGCAGAUGUUAAAGCUGCUGAUAAGCGGAGACAGGAGCCCCUGGGACCCGAGGCAAAGCGCUCCCGUCCUCAUUCUCCCUGCGUCGCGGCCGACUUCAAACUGCCCCCCUUCAACCCUAAAAGUCCUCUGGGCCAGGAGUUCGUGGUUCCUAAAUCUGGGUUCUUCUGCAACCUCUGCUCGGUUUUCUACUUGAACGAGAGCACGGCCAAAGAGACCCACUGCAGCAGCCAGCGGCACUACGACAUGCUGCUGGUAGGCACCGCGCUCGCAUCACACACCAGGAAGAGGCGCCAGGCCUGA